CCACAAAUUAUUCAUUCAUCCAACAUCAACAUGUAUCAACAAGCUCCUUCAGAUCCACCCAAGUCACUCGCCACCGGUUUUCCGGUCACCUACAACAGCACUACCACAACCUACUCCUCCUCCACCACCGACACUUCCUAUGCUCCACCGCCACCUCCCCAACCUAAACCUAUUGUUCAAUGGUCCACCGGUCUCUGUGACUGCUGUUCCGAUCGUGCAAACUGUAAGACGUACUAUUGUUCAAUCAUGCUCAUGCUCAUGCUCAUGCUCAUGCCCAUGCCCAUCUUUUCAGGUUGCAUUACUUGCUGGUGCCCAUGUGUUACCUUUGGCCGAGUUACGGAAAUUGUUGACAAGGGAUCCACAUCAUGUGGUGCUAGUGGGGCUCUGUAUACGCUCAUUUGCUGUGUCAUUGGCUGUGCUUGCCUAUACUCUUGCUUCUACCGCUCCAAGAUGAGACGACAGUAUGGUUUGAAAGGAAAUGCUUGUACAGAUUGCUUGCUUCAUUGCUGCUGCGAGUACUGUGUUCUCUGUCAAGAAUAUCGUGAGCUUCAGAACCGUGGAUUUGACAUGAUUAUUGGGUGGCAUGGAAAUGUUGAGCAACGAAGUCGGGGAGUAGCCAUGACUGCUGCAGCCACAGCAGCUCCUUCAGUCGAACAGGGCAUGACCCGUUGAAGUCAUCCAGGAUUCAUAUAUGUUUAAUGUAUCAAACUCUUACAUACAAUUCUGCAACUACCACAAUCUACUAUGCUUGUAUUAGACCUUAAGGAUAAUAAUGUCUCAACAAUCAGACAUUAAUUCCUCUUCUUUUUUUUUCCUUUUCAUUUUAAAUUUGUUAUAAAGAUAUCAUCAACAUUUUAUAAUUCUGCUUAA